AUGCCUGACCCAGAUAUGUUUUCAUAUAAAGUGAUGAUUAGAUGGUAUUACAUAAGUGAUCUACACUUUGAAACUAUUGGGUUCUACAAGUGUUUGAGGAAAUGCCUCAAUGAACACGACAAUGUUGUGUUUUCGAUUGUUGUUAAGGCGUGUACAGAGCUGCGAGAUGUUAAUGAAGGUAGGAAGGUGCAUUGUGAUAUUGUGAAAGCUGGAAGUGCUGACGGUUUUGUUUUGACUAGUCUUGUUGACAUGUAUGCUAAAUGUGGUGACGUUGAAUGUUCACGAAGAGUUUUUGAGAACAUUGUUGAUAGGGAUGUUGUUUCUUGGACUUCUAUGAUCGUUGCUUAUGUGCAAAAUGGGUGUGCGGAGGAAGCGUUGGUGUUGUUUAAUAGGAUGAGAAGUGGGUUGAUCGAAGGAAAUCAGCAUACGCUUGGGAGCGUUGUUUCCGCGUGUUCAAAGUUGAGAUCUUUACAUCAAGGAAAAUGGGUUCAUGGAUAUGCGAUCAAGAACGGGGUUGAUUUCAAUUCACAUUUCGUAAGUUCUCUUGUGGAUAUGUACAUGAAGUGCGGGGCGGUUCUUGAUGCUCAAUCCGCUUUCGAUGAGUCUUCUAAUAUCGAUCUUGUUAGUUGGACAGCAAUGAUUGUUGGGUACAGUCAAAACGGAUAUCCAAAUCAAGCAAUUGGGUUAUUUACAAACAAGUAUUUACACAUCUUGCCCAAUUCAGUUGCUAUCGCGAGCGUUAUAUCCGCAUGUGCACAAUUGGGUCAUUCACAGUUAGGUAGAGCGAUACAUUGUCACGAGGUUAAACUCGGGUUAGAAGAUGGUAAUGUGAUAAACGCUCUUGUUGAUAUGUACGCAAAAUGUCAAAUGAUUAAGGAUGCUCGUUACCUGUUCGACAGUUUAACGAACAAAGAUUUGAUUACAUGGAACUCAGUUAUCAACGGGUAUGCUCAAAUCGGCUGUAUUUAUGAAGUUACAAGAUUAUUUCAUCAAAUGAGGUUAGAAGGUUUUCGGCCGGAUGAAAUUACGUUAGUGACCCUCCUUUCAUGUUUUGCUUCGUUCGGUGAUCUUCAAAUCGGUUCUUCUCUUCACGCUUAUUGCAUUAAAGAAUCACUAACAUGUGAUAAUGUAUAUAUCAACACAUCACUUGUGCAUUUUUACGCUAAAUGUGGUGAAUUAACGACUGCUCGUCGUGUAUUUGAUUUUAUGGGCGAAAAGAAUGUAAUUUCAUGGAACGUGUUGAUUAACGCGUAUGGAAUGCAAGGGGAUUGUAAUGGAACAUUUGACGUUUUUAAUGAUAUGGUAAAGGAAAGCGUACAUCCUACUGAUGCUACAUUUACAGCAAUUCUAUCUGCGUGUAGUCACACAGGAAAUCUCGAAGCAUGGAAGUUCUUUGACUUGAUGUGCAAAGACUUUGACUUUACUCCAAAAAUGAAUCACUACGCGUGUUUGGUUGACUUGUUGGCGCGUUCUGGUCGGCUUGAAGAAGCAUUCAGUCUCGUUAAAAACAUGCGGGUUCAGCCUGAUGUGAGCGUGUUUGGAUCAUUUCUCCACGGGUGCAGUAUGCACUCGAGAUGGAAGAUGGAGUCAAGUCUCUCAAAUAAGGGAGUUGAUGAAGCUGAAAGAUUUGAGUAA